UUCCGAUUGGCCAUCGUCCCACCGGACGUUCCCGGUCACGCUACCUGCUGUCUGAUUGGCCGGCCUCUUUGACCCGGAAGCGGUUGCCUUGAGCUGUUUAUUUUAGGGGGUUUAUUGUAUUUUCCAGCGGCUGAGAUUCCCUCAGAGGGUUUCAUGCGGUUCAGGGGAGGAUUUCAAACUAUCUGAGGGGGAAAAAGAUCACUAAAACUGCCCGACCUUCAUAAAAAGCAACUGUCACCUCGUUUCGGGGCUAGUUACCAUAGUAACAGGUUCUGGGGAGUUAGUUACCAUAGUAACUGGUUCUGGGGGGCUAGUUACCAUAGUAACAGGUUCUGGAGAAGUUAGUUACCAUAGUAACAGGUUUGGGGGGGUUAGUUACCAUAGUAACAGGUUUGAGGGGGUUAGUUACCAUAGUAACAGGUUUCUGGGGCAGUAGUUACCAUAGUAACAGGUUUCUGGGGCAGUUAUUACCAUAGCAACAGGUUCUGGAGAAGUUAGUUACCAUAGUAACAGGUUUCUGGGGCAGUAGUUACCAUAGUAACAGGUUUCUGGGGGACUAGUUACCAUAGUAGCAGGGUCUGGGGAGUUAGUUACCACAGUAACAUGUUCUGGGGGGGCUAGUUACUUCAGUAACAGGUGCAAAGGGCUGGGAGGGUGACAGUUACCACAGUAACAGGAAGGGACACAUUAAUGAUAGGACCUGUGGAGGGGUGCAGUCGCUACAGUUACCAGAGGACACCAGGCGGUGUUUACGGUGUGCGUGAGCUGGGAGAUUGUGUGGAGUCAUGGCGGUGGAACUGGACGUGUUUGUGGGAAACACAACACUGAUCGACAAGGACGUUUAUCAGCUCUGGCUGGACGGGUAUUCAGUCAGCGAUGCUGUAACAAUUCGGAUCCAGAGUGGCGUUUUAGAGCAGAUCGGAGCGACGUCAGAUGUUCUGGAGAGCGACACGAUGGAUCAUUACCGGGCCUUCCAGAUGUUGGAGCGCCUCCUGCACAGCCCCCAAAAGCUGAUCAACCAACUGCUCUUCCAGAUCCCCCCGCCCAUGCAGUCGAUGUUAAUUGAAAAGUAUUACACGUUUGAUGAACCGUUUGUGCGAGAGGUUCUGGGGAAGAAACUAUCGAAGGGGACCAAGAAAGACCUGGACGAUGUCAGUGCAAAAACAGGGAUCACGUUGAAGAGCUGUCGGAGACAGUUUGACAACUUCAAGCGAGUGUUUAAGGUGGUCGAGGAGAUGAAGGGGCCGCUGGUGGAGAACAUUCAGCAGAACUUCCUGCUUUCAGGCAGGCUUGCUGGUGAUUACGCAGCCGUUGUCUUUUUUGCUAACAACCGGUUUGAGACCGGCAAGAAGAAACUCCAGUACCUGACUUUCGAGGACUUUGCCUGCUGUGCGGAGCAGCUGAUUCAGAACUGGACGCUCGGAGCCGUGGAUUGUCUGGUUGAAGAUAUGGAUGUUGACCUGGACAGAGAGUUUCUGCAGGAUCUCAAAGACCUCAAAGUGCUCAUCACCGAUAAGGACCUCCUGGACCAGCAUAAAAGCCUGGUCUGCACUGCGCUGAGGGGCAAAGUCAGCUGCUUCACUGAAAUGGAAGCAAACUUUAAGAAUCUCUCUCGGGCUCUGAUCAACAUCGCCGCCAAGCUCAUCCACACGAAGGAUGUUCGCGAUCUCUUCAUCGACCUGGUGGAAAAGUUCAUUGAGCCGUGUAAGUCCGACCGGUGGAGCGGCAACGACGUGGGGGUUUUCCUCACGCAGUAUACGAACACCGCGCGUGCCCUCGACGCCUUCAAACACCAGUGUCUGUGGGAGCGAUAUAUGGGCACCGUCAAAAGCUGCAUCAUGACGAUGUACCAUGACUGAGAGUUUGGGGAGAGCUGACCCAGUACGGGGAGAGCUGUGAGCCUCGGCCUGCGGUCUGGAGAGAGAGCUUCCUCCUCAACAACAAGCUGACCAUGUAGCUCUCCGGCCUGCUGCACUGAGGGGAAGCCCCCCCCCCCCCAACCCCUUUCCCUGUGAGAGCCCUCCUCCAGCGGGCUACUACUGAUUGUUCUCUUCCACACCACACUCUGGACGUUCAGGGGGGUUGAAACAAUGGGAUCUGCUCGAGCGCUGCUGCUGCUGCUGAGUUUGCAAUGUGAGAUCGGAGUGAGAGCCCUCCUUCAAGAUAUAUUCUCUGAUACGGAAUCUUGUUCAAGGGACUGCAUUCCCCCACCUCCCCCAGCUGAGCAGGGAGGCUGUGCUGUUCAAAUAUUCAAUAAAGAUUUCAAAUUUUUUUUCAUUCUC